UCACCUUCUCCUUCACAUCGAUUCUCCUCACACGGUGCGCCAUACUCGACUGCGCCAUCUGCGAAUGCAACAUCGAAGGCCUCUACAGAGACGCUGCCUCUUGCAUCAAGUCAACGCAGGAUGUCAUGGCAGCCGGGUCGGAAAACGGUGGAGCAGCUCGAAGCCGAGUACAAUGACGAUGAGGAUGACGAGGUCCCGGACGAAGCAAUCCUUGAGAAUGUCCCGAUGUCACCCAUGCCUGGACAUCAACAGAAUUAUUUGCGAUCACCCAGCACACACUCUUUACGUUCAACCACUCCAAGCCCUCACCGAAGACCCUCAUACGCCAACCUCCAUUCUGCCAAUAUUCCCAAGAAUGCCCGCCGACCAUCUGCUCCACCAACAACUCAUCCUCAUAGCCGAACGCCACGCUCUCCCCACCGGUCGAAGUCAUGGUCUGACGAUCUCAAUCUCGAGGCCAAGAGGCUUUCACAAGCCUUAGAAGUAUAUGCCGAAAAAGCCGCACAGGACCCUGCGCCAGCCAGCAAUCGACCAAUGUCACUUACUGCCCCGAAAAGUCCGCUGCGCGCUACAUUUUCAAAACGAAACAAAUCAGUCGCUGAGAUUCCGACCUUUCCACCCAUACAAACAUCCGUCGUCACGCUCGAUCCGAUUCCUAUCAGUAAAGAGAAGGAAGCCGUCCUCACACGGACGCGACCCUCAUGGCUGCCUCCAAAGAGCAAAAAGGAAGAAAAGCGUCAUUUGAAGGAAUUCCAACAGAUGAUGGCUCGAGCGGCCGAGGCGGAGAAGAAACGGGCUGCAAAGGAUCAGGAAGCCCAAGAGACACGCGAGGAGAUGCAAGACAGCAUCGCGCGCAUCUGGGAGCAACACGUUCUACCAAACUGGGAUGCAGUAGUCCGCGAGCCACGCACUCGUGAGCUCUGGUGGCGCGGCGUGACUCCUCACAACCGCGGCCAGGUCUGGUCCCGAGCCAUUGGCAAUGAACUCGAGCUCACAGCCGCAUCCUACAGCGCCGCGUUAUCACGCGCCCACACCCUCGAAUCGAGCAUCAGUACUCUACCCGUCGAGGACCGCGCCCACCACAAAGAGGCCGCCUGGUUCGACGCGAUCACUCGCGAUGUGCCAAAUGUCCUUCCAGAAGAACGUGUCUUCCAAAUGGGCGGACGUCUGCACGCUCAGCUCCGCGACGUCCUCAAAGCCUACGCCAUGUACCGCAGCGACGUCGGCUACGUCUACGGAACGCACCUCAUCGCCGGUCUCCUAGUCCUCUACCUCCCCAACGACCCGGCCGCCGCAUUCGUCGUCUUGGCAAACAUGCUCAACCGUCCUCUACCUCUGGCUUUCCUCGUCCACGACCCCGUCGCCAUGGCCCGCACGCACGAACUUGUCCUCUCCACCCUCCGAUACAAAUUCCCUUCCCUCCACGACCAUCUCACUUCAUCCGCUCUGGGUCUCCAGCCGGACGAAUACCUCGAUCCAUUAUUCCGCUGUCUCUUUGCGUACAACUUGCCUUCCAGCCAUGUGGCCCGCAUCUGGGAUCUGUAUGCGUUCGAGGGUGAUCGGGCGUUGAUCCGCGCGGCAGUGGCGGUGUUGGGUUGUCUCGAGAGCAAGCUCUACGGCUCUAAAGAGGAGGUGCUCAAUGUCAUCUCCUGGCGCUGCGAGGCCGCGUGGGAUCUGGGAGACGAGGAGGUCUUUGUCAAGGCUGUUCGGGAAGCGGGUAAAGUCGAUGGAAAAGGAGGAGAAAAUUGAGUGGAACGCUGCAAUCUCGACUGAGUUUUGCCAUCAUCAAACCCCUCCUCUAUCGACGACUUCGCUCGCAUUCAUUAUUUCCUGUCUCUCUCUUGUAAUCAAGGUGGACGGGAUCAAACCACUCUAAGCAAAAGAGAAAAGAUCUCGCUCACCCUCACACGAAACAUCUCAAUCAUUUCCAUCAUCAUUCAUUGCAUUUCUCACAAACCCGGCGCCAGAAUCGCAUAUACAUAUACACGCAGCGAGCAUCAUUGCAAGGGGGAAAGGGGACGGCGUUAAUUCUACAACUCUACUUUCCUCAGGAGUUUUUCUGUCAUUCUUAUAAAUACACAUUGGCUCACUGCCUAGGUUGUUUAUUUAUCUACCUUCGUCAUGAAAUUA